AUGUCGCACAUCACAGAACAUCCCUCUCGGGUUAAGAGAAGAAAGAUUGAUGAUCCUAAAGCAGAGAAACCAACUGUCACGUCCAAUAUCAAGUCUGCGGCUUCCCUGCGCGACCUGUUGGCUGUCCAGCAAAAUGCCCCGUUGGCAAAGCAAGGUAUAAUCAAGUUUAAAGAGUUCUUGGUGUCAAUUGCACACACGGAAAAGGAGAGCGACAAAGCAGAGAAAUUGCGCGUCCUCAAGGAGUAUUGCGAUAAGCAAAUCACCAACUCCGGAAAAGAGAAUGAAACCUCAGUGUGCUUCGCGGAUCUCAUCCAGUCUUGGUCAUUUGGCGAUGGCAAUAACAAUGAGCCUUUAUUGACCAGUGUCCCUUCUGUUCUUGCGAUCUUCCUCAAGACGAUUUCGUCGGAACUCGAGUUCCGGGACUUCGGAAUCGCCCUGUGCAAGCAUUUGCUGCAGAAAGACCAGCUGAGAUUGUUCAACCGUGGUCUGACAGCAACUAAGUCCAAAGAGCACUUGAUCUCACCAUGUCUCCGUUUGCUUACGGAGAUCGUGACUUUUGACGGAGGAGCCGUUGCACGACAGCUGUACCUCCGGCGGUACAUUACCUUUAAGCGACUAGAGGUAUUCUUAACCCCCAAUAAAGCACAGGAGAUCUCCGAGGAUGAGUUCCACAAGUCGACUCUCAGACGCAACGCUCAGCGAUACCUGCUAGCGAACCUGAGGGUUCAGCAUGCCUCCGAAAAGGGUGAUAUCAUCGAACAGCACAAGAUCACCAGAUCUUUCCUUGAAUAUAUCCGGAAGGAUCCGCGGGAUGCUGUACUAGAAAUUAUCAAGGCUAUCGAGAGGGACGUGGUACAAGAUUCCGCUCUGUCCCGCAAAUCGAAGAGCAAAUUUUUCAACAGACACAACCUCGAACGACUGGUGACACUUUAUGGUUAUGAUCGAGAGUCAGAUGAACCUAAUGCGGGAGGAAUAGUCAUCGCCAAUGAGAUCCACCGAGUCAUGAUGAAUGUGUGCAAAACUGCCGGGCUCGGCGUUCUCUUACCCGAGACCGGUUGGUAUCCCGUCGGAACCGAUCCAGAGACCUUGCCUGUUGAUGAUGAUACGUGCAUUGAGUUGGGUCUUGAUUCCCCCGUCUACGUCGACAAAUACAGAGAGUCUGUCCCCGUGCGGAAUGGCUCCCUUUCAUUCCUCAUUCAGUGCCUCCGGCCUGAUGUGGAUAGUCUUCAGAUUGAACUGCUGGUGUCAAUCUUUAGGGUGGCACCAGAGCUCGUCGCCGAUUACUUCUCGAGGAAAACUAUGUUUAUUUCAGACCCCAAGGCCACCCCAUCAUGGAUGGCCGAAUCUGCUUUCCUUUUCUCAACUGUGCAAUUGCCUGUCCCUGCAAACUGUGGUUGGAAGGAUAAACAGCCUAUCCUGCCGCCGCCGGUUUCUAUCGUUAUUGAAAAUAUUCUCCCUCGUCCCCUUGGCCAGAAGAUCAUGGCCCGCUGCCUCAACCAGAAUGCAGAGAUUAUCACUCUGUUCGCUGUGCGGAUUUUGACCCUUGCGUUCACUAAGCUGCGAGCUGUCCUCAAAAUCUUCCAGGCUGAUCACGGCCAAGGCCAGCUAUUCUGGAAUCAGGCUUCUGCCAAGUUGCUGGCGGAGUUCUCUCGCCGGUGCCCUGCUGUCAAAGAUGUCGUUGUCCUCUUCCGACGAACAGACAAGGAGGACCUGACCCAGCAGGAGGCUGUGGCAGAGCUCUUGACCUGUUACUAUGAAGUGAUGCCGGACAUUGCUCUGGAGGAAAAUUUUGAUGUCUCACUGGUCUUGGUGGAUGUUCUCAAGCGGCUGGAGGCCCCAGGCGUUAGCGCGGAUGAUUCUGAAUCGCUUCUCAGCCAGCUUCAGAGCAUCCUCCAGAUAGCACAGCAGUCCGCUUCAUUGCGUUGGUGGCAAAAGCCAGCAUCUAUGCAGUACUCACCCUUCACCUCGAUUCUUAAGGUUCUCAUGGGUACUUCAGAUAAGGACUCUUCGCGGCGUAUCUCUACCCUUCUCAAGACCGUUCUAGUUGAAAACUCUGUUCUGCAAAGCUCGCCACACGCAUUUGCGUCUGUCUUGUCAAGCCUUGAGAAUUCCGAAGCUGAGGCUUUGCAUUCACAGCUGGUCUUCUUUGAUAACUGUGUCUCCCGUGUCGCCAAGAAGCCGGUUCACUACCAGGAUUUGCUACAGUCAUUAUCUGAAGAUGUGUCUAAAACUACUAGCGCGCUUGUUGCUGCCAUUGUUGAGCAAUGGCCAUUCGUCGUCAAGAGUGGAGAUGCACCCACGGAAGCUGCUGUUGGAGCGUGGAUCGCAAGUCUUCUAGGUAAUCUGAAGCAGGCUGGUGAGAGCACCAAGGUACUCAAGGCUGCUCGGGAUGCGUUGGUUGAAGCCACCGAGACUAAGAAAACCAAGUCACUUCUAAAGAAGUCCCUGAAAGAAGCGGAUGAUGCCGACAACGAGGACAAGAUGGACAUUGACUCUGGCUCUAACAUGCCUAGUUCAUCCAAAACAGCCUCUACCGUUGAUCUCAAUGAGAUCUUUGGCUUCCUGCCCACCGAAGAAGCAGUGGACCAGGGCCACAUCGCCGAGUUGAUGCUCUGCCUUUGUUCUCAGCAUGAGGAAGUCCGACGACAGGCAUUCGCCAGCAUUAUUCGCUUCAUGGCUAAACUCAAGGAAUCAACCUACGCCGAAUGGCGCACGGUGUUUACUCUAUCCGGCGAGCUCCUCGAGACGGUCAACAAUAUUGGCAUGGAGAAGCCCGUUCCCUGGAUUGUGGGCGAGUGCGCUUCAAGGUGUCUGGCGGUUCUCACAGACCCCCUCAACAAGGUCUACGGCAAGGUCAACAAGUUCCUGCAGAAGGCACCGGCCUGGGAAGUCGAGAAGAUCCCAACAUACUGGGUCGACAAAAUUCUCCUGCACGAGCCUGAGUUGGAUGAUGGGUAUUUCGAGGAGAUUGACUGGCUCCUGAACCUGUUUAUCAAGGCACUCCGCACCGAGGCUGAUAUGGAGGUUUACCGACGAGCCAAUGUCUUCGAGCGCAUUCUUUCCCUAUACCAGUCUCCAACCCUGGGCCCAGCAGCUCGACGCAAGAUCCUGCACAUUGUGUACCGUGCCGCUCAGGUCGGUGGUAGUACUACCCUGAUCACCCGUUCUGGUGUCAUUAGCUGGAUCCAGAUCCAAGCUGCAGAGGCUGGUGCGAAGGAGGCUCCUCAACUUGCGGCACUUGCACGUGCUUUGUAUGAAACUUGUGACCGGGAGCGGGUUGAUGGCUGGAGUAAUGGGACUCUUGGGCGGGUCGUUGAUGAGAUUCAGGCGCAAGUUUGA